UAUCGUGCAGGCAAUUCUUGUUUCAAUUCAUUGUAAAUUCUCUAAAUAGUUCUUCCGUUUAACAAAAACUAACAUGACGACUGCAGCCCGCCCGACUUUCGAUCCCGCUCGGGGCGGUACCGGUCGCGGGGAAAAGGAUCUCAGUGCGCUCUCCAAACAAUACAGCAGUCGCGAUUUGCCCGGACACACGAAGCUAAAAUACAGGGACCAAGGUCAGAGCACUGCCGAGGAGCUGCGUAACCGUGACUUCCGCGAGGAAUUGGAAAAACGCGAGCGUGACAGUAAACAAACCAAGGGCUCGGCCGUUCCGAUCUCGGCUCGUCGUGGAACGGAGUCGGCUGCCGCCACCAGCGGAUCUGCGAAGAGACAAAAGUUGGACGCUCCCCAAAACCUUGAUGCUGAUGAUCCGGUUGACAGCGAAAAUUCCGACUCGGACUCGGACGAAGAUGACACGGCGGCAUUGCUGGCGGAAUUGAACAAGAUCAAGCAGGAGCGGGCAUCGGAACAGGCCCACCGGGAGCGCAGUAAGCAACAGGAAGAGGAAAAGAUUCGGAUGGAAAACAUUCUGUCCGGCAACCCACUGUUGAAUUACUCGUCCACUGCCAAGGCUGAGCUGAAGGUGAAACGCCGCUGGGACGAUGAUGUUGUUUUCAAGAAUUGCGCCCGCUCUGAACCGGACAAGAAGGCGAAUAACUUUAUCAACGAUUCCUUGCGUUCCGACUUCCACAAGAAGUUCAUGGAUAAAUACAUUAAAUAAGCAUCGUCUGUAACAUUAGGUAUAAUCGUCAAUAAAGGGUAUCUUUUCACA